ACCACACAGUGUAACGCGGUAAACUUCCUUUAGCACUGAGCUAGCAAGCUUGAAUUGAAGUUUACAGAAGAGCACUAACCAAGCGGGUAGAUCAACACUCAAAUCAUUUCGAAUUCGUCUACAAACUAUAAAAAGCAUUUUUCCAUUAUAUCCAGCGGUCGCCAUCCAUAAUGUCAGGCACCAAAUCCGUCGCAGUUGUCAUAGCGAUCUCGCUCUUCAUACUCAUGGUCAUCUACGAUACUUACUUCAACGAGAAAAGCAUUCUUGGGGUAUUAAAAUCAAAAAUAAAGAAUUCUUCUUUUGCAAGAAGUCGUGCCCUGGAGCACAAACUUUAUCAUAAUUUCACAAGAGAUCGUGUCAUUCACCUACAGUACAUUAUUGACCAAAUGAGACAGUAUUAUGGAAUGAAUAGGACACAGAAGAUUGAAAACACGUCCUCCAGAGAGGGGAAUUUUUCUUCAAAACCCAAGAAGGUGGUUUUGGGUUAUACUACGUAUUUUGGAAACAAACCUUGGGGCUGGAUGAAAAAUUCCUAUGAGUUUAAUCAUUGGGAAGGCAUUCAAUGCCCCUAUUUUACCUGUGAAUUGACAUUCAAUAGAAGAGACAGACAACGAAGCGAUGCUCUCAUAUUCCAUGCACGUGACAUGCCACCUUUGGAUACGAUGAGGUACAUUCUAGAAAAAAAAGAUCCGAAACAAAGAUGGAUAUAUUUUGCAAUGGAAAGCCCGAUGCAUAACCCUAGUGCAGUACGCCUAUUCGACAUGUUUAAUUGGACUAUGAAUUAUCGAAAGGACUCCGAUAUUUAUCGACCGUAUACUUAUUACUUUAAGUCUUCUACCAUUCCUACGAUGCCUGCCAAUGAGUACCUUAAAGGAAAAGAUAGACUAGCUUUUUGGACAGCAAGUAACUGCGGUCUAUUGCGCGAUGAAUAUGUUAAAAAACUCUUGGGAUAUAUCAGUGUUGAUGUUUUUGGGGCAUGUCGUUCAACUGUCGGGGCCAAAGAUGUUGGCGACUGUCCUCAAGGUUCAAAAGAAUGCGAAAACAUUUUAAAAAGAUAUAAAUUCCAAUUAGCGUUUGAGAACUCUAACUGUGUGGAUUAUAUAACUGAGAAAUAUUGGGAUGGAAUCAAGAAAGGGAUUGUGCCAGUUGUGAUGGGAGGUGGUCAUUAUGAUGAACGAACAGCUAUUCCAGGUUCUUUUAUCAAUGUUAUGGACUUCAAAUCUGUUAAAGACUUAGCAAACUAUCUGGUCUUUUUAGACAAGAAUAAUGAUGAAUACGUGAAAUAUUUUGCUUGGAAAUCAAAAUAUAGAAUAACGGAUUAUCCUCCAUGGAAUUGUGUGGUCUGUGCACGACUAUAUCUUGAUUUGGAGCCGAAGUUUUAUGAGAGACUGGAUGAAAUAUUUGAUGCUGAAAAAAACUGUGGCACAAAUGAGAAAAAACUUAAGAGAAUGAUUGAUUCGUAGGAUAAAAAUUCUAACAGUGAAACAACA